AUGGCUGCAAAUAAAGCAGAGGCAGAGGGGCUGGAUGGGCAGGACGGGGGAAGGCAGGAGAAGAGAAGAGUGGACAUCAGAGGGAGGGAGAGAGGAGAUCCCAGUGGCCGAUGGCCCGGGGGGCGGGGUGGGGAAAGCAGGGAGAUUGAUGUGUGGUCUCCCCUCUCUCUUUCCAGGUGCUACAUAACGACCACAGCCCUCCACCUCCACCGAGCAGGAUCUCCCAAAGGCCUUGCCGGCACAGGGAAAACGGCGACUGUGAAAGACCUGGGCAAGGCCCUGGGCAUGUAUGUGAUUAUAGUGAACUGCUCCGAAGGCCUGGACUAUAAAUCCAUAGGGAGCGUGUACUCAGGCCUGGCUCAGACAGGAGCUUGGGGCUGCUUUGACGAGUUCAGCCACAUCAACAUUGAGACGCAGUCUGUGGUGGCCCAGCAGAUUCUCUCCAUUCUCUCUGCCUUGGCCGCCAACAUGACCUCCUUCACCUUUGAGGGCCAUAAGAUCAAGCUGGUGUGGUCCUGUGGUAUCUUCAUCUCCAUGAACCCAGGUUAUGCUGGAUGGACACAGCUGCCCGACAACCUCAAGUCCAUGUUUUCUCCCAUCUCCAUGGUGGUGCCAAACUCCAUGCUCAUCACAGAGAUCAUCCUCUUCAGAGGAGGGUUCAGCAACUGUAAGCUCCUGGUUGAGAAGGUCUACACGCUGUAUUCGCUGGCAGUGCAGCAGCUGUCCAAGCAGGACCGCUACGACUUUGGCCUGCGGGCACUGACGUCGCUGCUCCGCUACGCUGGGAAGAAGCGCAGGAUCCUCCUGAUGGCCAUGAAGGACAUGAAAAUCGCCAAGCUCGCCUCAGUCGACGUGCCCCUCUUCAAUGGCAUCGUCCAGGAGCUCUUCCCGGGCAUCAAAUCACCUGCCAUUGGCUACAGGAAGGUCAGCUAG